AUUUCUUGCUUUAUUCCCUUUGUCCAUCUCUCUCAAAAUGAACCCGUAAACGACCCAACCCACCGCUUCAUUUUCACAUGCUCUUCUCUCUUCCCCACUCUCAUAUCUCUCUCGCUUUUUCCAAUUGUAUUUCACAUUUUCUCAACUUCUUCUUACCUUAACAAUUUUCAAUCUCAAUUCAUUUCUAUUAAUUUCGACUCCGAAUUUCUAGGGUUUCCUGUUUCCCCAUUUCUGGGUAACUUCAAUUUUUCACAUCCUCCCACUUUAUAGCCUCUAAUCUCAUCUGGGUAUUUAUUUUUCUUAUACUUAUCAACUGGGUAUCAUACAAAUGUCACAACAAGGCUUUGCAAUUGAGCUUUAUUUCGAUCCAGCACUAGAAAAUCAAGUCUUGAAAGCAUGGAAUGUUCUAGCCAGACGCCAAAUCAGUACCCAACUCAUUGAAAUCGAGUCUAGACCUCACAUAACUCUCUAUUCAACCCAAUUUGUUGAGCCCACAAAGCUUGAAUCAAUCGUCAAAUCUUUUGCUUUAAAGCAAGAACCCUUGCCUUUAUCUUUAUCUGCAGUUGGGGGCCUUCCAAAUGACAAAAAUGUCCUCUUUUUAGCACCUACACCUUCACUCUCACUUCUUCAGUUUCAAUCUCAGUUAUGUGAUGCAUUGAAAAAGGAAGGAAUUGAGAUUAGUGAAGACUACAGACCUGAUUCAUGGAUUCCUUACUGUGCUGUUGCUGAGGAUGUUCCAAAAGCAAGAAUUGGUGAGGCAUUUUGUGUUUUGAGAGAUUUAAAGCUGCCUGUUACUGGGUAUGCUAUGGAUAUUGGAUUGGUCGAGUUUUCGCCGGUUCGUGAAUUAUUUUCGUUCGUACUUGGUAAUUCUGUAGAAGGAUGAGUUUUUAUUUUGGUGGUCUGGUUAUAAUGUGUUUACUUUGGAAAUUUUAGAUGUUAUAAGUUGAAAUAAUGUGUUUCGUUUUUACGUGUUUUAUUGUAGGUUUUAAUAUGAUUGGUGCUAGUGUAGAGCAUGUUAGAGAAAUUUUAUUUGUGUUUAUUGUCAUUAGUUGCAAAUGAUGAAUCUAUUUUUUGUUUUGGGCCCCUUAUAAAUAUAAAUUUUGUCGAA